GACAGAAUAUCCACAAUAAUACUUUGUGCAUUACGUAUCAUAGUUGUUACAGUGCUAUGAUCUGUGUAUCCUCUUUGUGCACAACACACGUGUAGUGUUCGUGUAUAGCUCAAUUACCGAGCCACUACAGUGUAUUUCUAAAAUGCAUUAUCGGCUUCAACCAAAUAAGUAAAUAAUAACAAUAUGUUAACAUGCUGUCCACGCCGGGUGGUUCGUAUUUCUGCUUCGUCUUAAAAUAGCAUACCGAGCUAACAUAGACCAAAACCUACUCGUAACACAAACCAAUGAUAAGUCACGUGGUGCGAGUAGGGUGGCCAUCUUUCUCUGAAAACACAAACAACAAGAGUAGCGAGCAGAGUACAUCAACACGCAGCGGCCGUACGAAGAGGGAAAAUAAACACGACUUCAUGAGACUCUCUGUACCGUUCUGUUGGAGGAGGACGUUUACAUACCGAGAAAGUAAACCAGUGUAUAUUAAUUAAAACCGAAGAUUGUACACAAAAUAAGGAUUUUGAGGAAUAAACAACAUUGCUUCAGAAAGCAGUUUGAAAGGAGGCGGACAGGAAACAAAGGUGUGGUCACCUGGAGGGUCACGGUCAAGCCACGUUUCAGUUGGAGAGAGACCGGCAGGAGGAGAGCAGGGAGGGCAGGAAGAAGUGUGCUUGUGGCGUCUGCCCCUGGCAGCUGUUCCAGCAGCCUGUUUCUGAUGUUUUUUUUGUCCCCUGCGUUUUGAUUGAAAACGUGAACAAUCUUCUUUCUUUUUUUAUGUCUGAUGUAAUAUUUCUGCUGUUGUGAUCAUUUAUCGUUACUAUCAAUAGAGUUUUAUUUAGUUUGUUUUGACGACUCGUUGUCGGAUUAUUCCAGUUUCUUUGUUCUCGUUGUUUUUUUUUUUACAACUGUCCCCUCAUCCCAGGGCUGUGAGCAGAGGCUUCUUCCGUACUGACCUCUUAACUAAACCAGUACUUUACCCCUCCCCCAUGCACACCUGACACGGGCAGCUAUUCUCUAUCUCUGUGUGUUUUUGGGGAGCUCUGUGAUCACAGCUGUUUCAGCACCACUCAGCCUUUUCACCUAAGCCUAACUAAGCCAAUCCAGCCUGGUCCAGCCCAGUUCAACCUGGUCCACUCUUCUGGACAGGAUACUCAGCUCCAUAAAGACGUAAGGAAUAUGACUGCUGAGACACUUAACUUCGGCCCAGAAUGGCUCCGUGCACUAUCCAGCGGGGGGAGCGUGACGUCCCCCCCACCCUCCCCUGCCAUGCCAAAGUACAAGUUGGCCGAGUAUCGCUACGGCCGAGAGGAGAUGUUAGCACUUUAUAUCAAAGACAACAAGGUCCCAGAGGACAUGCAGGAUAAGGAGUUUGCUGCUGUUCUGCAGGAUGAGCCCAUGCAGCCACUGGCCCUGGAACCACUCACUGAGGAGGAGCAGAGGAACUUCUCCAUGUCUGUGAACAGUGUGGCUGUGCUGAGGCUCAUGGGUAAAGGGGGCGGAGUUGCCCCAGCGGGAGUGGCCCGGGGCAGAGGUGCCACGCGAGGAGGCGGCCGAGGGCGUGGCCGAGGAGAGAGUGGAGGAUUCUACCAAAGAAGUAUUGAGGAGGGAGAGGUGGGCUUUGGCCGUGGGGCCAGAGAGAUCCACCGUAGCCAGAGUUGGGACGACCGGGGUGAAAGGAGGUUUGAGAAGCCAGUUCGUGCCAGGGAGGGGGUGCGUGUGUUCGAGGAAGCCACUGGUGCCCCUGUCCAGGGGGUACCAAGGAAGGACUACACGCGGUCAGACAGUGAGAACUGGCGAACCCUCCGUGAGGAGCAAGAGGAGGAGGAGGGGGCUGACCCAGGAGGCAGUUGGAGACUGGCAGGAGCACGUAGACUGGAUGACGGCGGGCCCCGCUCUGCGGGCUGGCGGGAACACGACGGGCCAGGGGAGGGACGCCGCAAGAAGUUUGAUUUUGACUUCCGCGACGGCGGGGGUCGUCGGCGUGCCGGGAGCGAAGGGUUGGAGGAUGACCGAGACGGCCUGCCGGAGUGGUGCACCGACGAAGAGGACGGAGAGAUGGGCACCUUCGACGCCACCGGGGCGUUCCUCCCCGUAUCCAAGAAGGGCGGAAAGGAGGAGGAGUUUGACUUCCAGGGGAUUGAGGAGGAAGCGGAGGAGGAGGAAGUGGGGGAGAGCCUCUCUGACAUGGAAAGGAUCAUGAAUGGAGGAGAACGGGCAGCUGGACAGGAAUCAGCCAGUGACGGGGAGGUGAAGAACAGAAGCAGCCCCCCCUCGUCCUCCUCCCCCCCCGCCCUCCUCUCUGCCCCGCCAGCCCUGGGGCUCAACCCCUCCGCCGCGAACCCCCCCGCCGCGAACCCCCCAAUGCCCGAGCUGUCGCUCACUGUGGCCGAGCUGGAGGCCUCUCAGAUGGCCAACAGCCAGCCUGCCCCUGCUAAGACCAGUAAGAUGCCAAGUGAAGUCGUUCCCGAAGGCUCGCCAACAGGGGGCUCCACCUCCCUGCUGAGCCCCAGCACUUCCUCCAGUCUGCUUUCACCGCCUCCCUCCUCCGCUGCUACCCAUCUACCCCCGCCAUCGGGGGGUGACACUGAGGACGACGAGGGCAUGAAGCACCUACAGCAGGAGGCGGAGAAGAUGGUGGCGUCCCUGCAGGACACAUCCCUGGAGGAGGAGUGUUUCACUCAGACUCUGCAGGAGAUCAGAAACACGGCCGCCGCUCUUCCCCUUUCCCACGACGCAGCCAUGAAGUGGUUUUACAAGGACCCCCAGGGAGAAAUCCAGGGCCCGUUCACCACCAUGGAGAUGUGCGAGUGGUUCCAGGCAGGUUACUUCACCAUGUCCCUGUUGGUGAAGAGGGGCUGCGACGAGGGCUUCCAGCCACUGGGCGACGUCAUUAAGAUGUGGGGGCGAGUGCCUUUUGCCCCGGGACCCUCCCCGCCGCCCCUGCUGGUGAGACCCCCCCCACCGCGCCCUCUGCCGCUGCCGCCCCGGGGGCCUGCUAGGAGCGCUUACGAUGUGUGUUCCUCCCAGGGGAGCAUGGAUCAGGAGCGUCUGAAGAAGCAGCAGGACCUGGCGGCGGUGGCUCUCUAUCAGCAGCUCCAGCAGCAGCAGCUCUUCCAGCUCAUCAACAGGUGUGGAGAUCAGGGCAUGAUGCCUUCGAUGAACAGGUCCAUGUCAGUGCCGGAAACUGGCUCCAUGUGGGACAUGCAUACCUCAGAUUCACAGCAGUCAGGCGGUGAAGCCAGUCUAUGGGACAUAACAAUGAAUUCUUCAACUCAGGUUCCUACUCUUGAACAGCUUCAGAAGCUCCAGCAGGACAGGAGAGAGGCUGAACUCAGGGCGAAGCGCGAGGAGGAGGAGCAGCGCAAGAGGAGGGAGGAAAGGAGGAAGCAGGAGGAGCAGAAGAGGAGGGAUGAGGAGGAGCUCUUCAGACGCAAACAGUGUCGCCAGCAGCAGGAGCUGCUAAUGAAGCUCCUCCAACAGGCCCCGCUGCAGGGUUCUGGGGUGGGGUCUGGCUGGGGCUCUGGGGGGCCCACUGGGGGCCUGAAUAAGCCAGGAGCCAAGGGCCUCAGUCUGUUGGACAUGCAGGAUGCAGAGAGGCUCAUCAAACAGCAGCAGAGAGAACGCCACCAGGGAAUGUCCAUGGGGGGUUCCUCAAUGGGGCAGUGGAGCGACGGAGGGGCUGUCCCUGGGGGCCUGUGGGGCGGCGGAGGGGGGAUGGAGGGUAAGACUGGGGGGGGGUCCGGAGGGGGCAUGGGCCUGUGGGAUGAGGUGGUGAAGAACCAGGGCCGAUCCAGCAGCAUGCAGGCCCUGAAGAACAGUCGCAGCAGCCCCUCACUCAGUGAUCAGUACAUGCUGAGCCGUAGGAAGCAGCGGACGGAGGACGAGGACAAGCUGCUGAAGCUGCUGCAGGGCAUCAAGGCCCCUCAGGACGGAUUCACCACCUGGUGUGAACAGAUGCUGCACGCCCUCAACACCCAGGCCAACAACCCAUCCUCCCCACUGGACGUGUCCACCAUUGUGGCGUACCUGAAGGAGGUGGAGUCUCCCUAUGAGGUGCUGGACUUCAUCCGCUCCUACCUUGGAGACACCAUGGAAGCCAAAGAGUUUGCCAAGCAGUUCCUGGAGCGCCGUGCCAAACAGAAACAGAACCACCAGAGGCAGCAGCAGCAGCAGCUGUCAAAAGAAGUAGCAGGGCUGACCAUGAACAACUUCCCUCUUCAGGACUCCAUGCGGGUGGUGAAUCCCAGUGCCCUGCAGUCCAUGUUCCAGGCGGCCCAGAUGAGUAAGGGUGGGAUGUAUGACUCCCAAGGGAGCAUGAAGAAGAAGAAACAGCCUGUGAUGCUGCACUCUGACCCCAGCAUCCUAGGGUACUCAUUCCACAAUGCAGGCGAGCGUCUAAGCCUGAAUGAGAUGGAGAUGGUGGAGGAUUACUGAUCCCAGAUCAACAGCAAUAGCUACUACCUGAGGCCUUCUGUCUACUAAUCAGACAAACCUGACAACGAAUGUGCACUGCUGGGGGACAUGGGGAGGAACGGGUGGGGGGAAUGGG